AUUUCUCCAAUCAAUUACGAGUUAGUAUUAUUUCAUAGGAUAAGAAUAUACUCGGUUUUCCAUAUCUUACUGCUGGAACCAGUAGCACAGAAAAUACUAGCGAACAAUACAACAGAAGUAGAAAACAAUGAACUAGAGUAUAAGAUGAAGAAGAUUCUCAAGCAUAGAAGCAUAAACAGCACAAGAGAAUACCUUAUCAAAUAA